ACAAAAAAUCUUGACAGUCAUUCUCGUCAUUUUGCAGUUUCUAGAAAAACAGAAGCCUCAAAACAGUUAAGAAAGUGAGAUGUAUAGUUUUGAAGGAGACUUUAGAAGAAAACCUGUUCAAUCUUUGCGUGGAGCAAGCAAAAAGGAAGAAAAACAUCAACUAUUGAUCCGAGCUCAGAUUGAAAGACAGCGAAGAGAGGGGGUGAGAUUGCAGCAUGAGAGUGCAACAAAAAUACAGGCCUAUUUCCGCAGUUAUGCUGUCAGAAAACAACAGAUGGUUGCUGUGCGGAGUGAUUUUGACCAGAGAGUCCAGUCUGUACAAGGACCAGAAUCACUGGAUAUGAAAAUGCUUUGCUUUCUUCAGCAGAAGCUUUGUUUUUUCUAUACAGAAAAACUUGAUCCCCAGAGACUGAUAUGGGUAUGUCAGAAUGUGAUAAAGAAAAAGGAGGAUUAUUUGGCCUACCUGUGUACUAGUAUCCCAGGUGGUCUGUACCACUUACAAAGGCUGCUGCUGCUGUGUCUAAGACACUUAGUGGAUGUCAUUAAAACCGCUGCUCCUAUAGCAAUCCCUAUGAGAAUGCUGGAGAUGUUCACAUCCUCCGACCUCUACAGGUCACACAGCUUUACACAGAAUCCAAAUGGACCAGUUCAUCACACAUGGCUCUACUUAAUCAACCAUGGUUACUUUGACUAUCUGAGAGUGAUUCUUGAGGCCAAAGUACCGUCAGACCUUGAGAGGACAGCUGUAGCCCCUACACCACUUGCUGAUAGUAUUCUUGGACUCAUCAUGGGACCAGUCAGUUUUGCCAUACAGCACAAAAAUCAGCCAUUCAGUCAUUCAGUUUUGAAGGCUGUAUGUCAGUCGUUGCUAUGCCCAGCCUACAGUGAACAGAUUGAACACUUUCUCCUCCCUGCCAUGGCCUAUGGAAGGUUUCCAUUUCCAUUUGUUGAUCUCAUCCAAGCUCUAAUAUCUGACACAGCUAUCAACAGUAAACAGGGGUCACAGGGUUAUUUAAUUUCAAAAUUUCAAAAAGUUCUGAACACCAAACAGACAGUAGAUUUCCUAUCUGUGCUGAAGAAGUUAUUGUCCAGCUUACCAACUCAGGAGGUCCAUGAUGACGAUGAUUCAGACGAUGAAAUGGAUGUCGACCAGUUGUUUCCAACAGAUGGUUUACAGAAGAUACAGCAAGAUUGCAUGACAUUUUUAAAUUCUCCAAACUUUGUACAUCGGGUCAUUGAUUGUCUUGGAAACAAGAUGUCACAUGACAUUGUCUCAGCCAUCUGUGUCAUCUGUCAUGCUCUGAUGUCACAUCAUCACUUAGAAAUACACAAAGUCAGGUUGCUGUACAGCUUAGCAUUCAGCAAGUCGUUCAUCCGGGGUCUGUGGUCAGUCUGCACGACUACCUGUAACUGGACAGUCAUGGGUACGGAGGCCUCCCUCAUUCAGAUGUUGGCUUGUGGUGUGGAUCUGUCUAACGAGGAUAUCCAGAGAAUUGUGCCAUUGUUAGCAAUCUUCUGCUCAAUGUUUAACCACUUUCUAUACACCAUACAUGACGCUGACUUCUACGGAGAUACCAAAGCCAGCAGUAUGCCAUUCAGCUUGGAGGAACUUAUCCCGAUGACCCUUGUUUUACGUGACACCUGUCUUGGUGUAAUCGAACUGGCCAACCCAGAUACACGUUUGUCAAUCUCCGAGGAUUACCACCAGGCACUCAUACAGGCUGGCAUGAAAGACAAACCGAGACAGAAGGAAGAGGAGGAUCGUAACAAUCAUAUGUGGGCCUACCUGUUUAAGGUGACCUCCUCACUGGUCCGACAACUCUACUCCAGAGACACACGGCGAAUGUUCUGUCCCCACAAUUUCUGGCUGUCUGACAGAGUAUCUAUCCAAGCUGAUAAGCCAUCUCAGAUCUAUAGAGCUCAAGGUUCUGUGUUCACCAGGAGGCCAUUCGGAGCAAUGAAAUCUCUGACAAAAACAGCCCUGGAUGAAGAUGGGCCACCUUUAUCUAAUACAGAUGUUAAGAAUCUGGUUAUUCUUACUGAGCUUCCAUUUGUUGUCACAUUUGAAGAACGUUUCAAGAUUCUUCAGAAGUUGAUUCAGACUGACCGACAGGAACACCAAGGGGAAAUGACUCACUUCCUUUCAGGACCUUCCAUUUCAGUAAUGAUUCGGAGGAACUACAUCUAUGAGGAUGCAUUUGAUAAACUUUCACCAGAAAAUGAGCCGAACUUAAAACUGAAGAUGCGUGUACAACUGAUCAAUGCUGCUGGUUUGGAUGAAGCAGGAAUUGAUGGAGGAGGCAUCUUCCGAGAGUUCCUAUCCGAGUUGCUGAAGACUGGGUUUGAUCCUAACCGGGGAAUGUUCUGCCAUACAACAGACCAGCUUCUCUACCCCAACCCCAAGUCUUCUGUUUUGAUGGAGAAUUAUACCAAGCAUUACUACUUUCUAGGCAGGAUGCUUGGCAAGGCUAUUUAUGAAAACAUGCUGGUGGAACUUCCAUUUGCAAGUUUCUUCCUCUCAAAGAUACUCAGUCGCCAUGGCGGCAAUCUUGACAUCCAUCAUUUGGCUUCUCUGGACCCAGAGUUGUACAGGAAUCUUUUGUCACUGAAAACAUACGAGGGUGAUGUUGUGGACUUGGGAUUGGACUUCACAACUGUUAAUGAUGACUUUGGUCAGACAAAAAUUAUAGAGUUAAAACCGGGGGGACCCCAGAUUGCAGUGGACAACCACAACAGAAUAGAGUAUAUACAUCUAAUGGCUGAUCACAAACUAAACAAGCAGAUACGUGUACAGUGCACAGCUUUCCGACAGGGUAUGUCAGAUGUCCUGAACCUUGAUUGGCUUCGCAUGUUUGAUCACCAUGAACUUCAGGUUCUGAUAUCAGGGGCAAUAACUCCUGUGAACAUUGAAGAUUUGCAACGCCACACCAACUAUUCUGGGGGUUAUACGGACAGUCAUCCCAUCAUCCAGAUGUUUUGGAAAGUGGUCGAACAAUUUACCAAUCGUCAGAAACGACAGCUGCUCAAGUUUGUGACAAGUUGUUCUAGGCCACCUCUGCUUGGCUUCAAGGACCUGUACCCAGCAUUCUGUGUACAUUAUGGCGGGAAUGAACCAGAUCGACUCCCUACAGCAAGCACUUGUAUGAACCUUUUACGACUUCCAGAGUUUAGUGAUGAAAAGACAAUGAAAACGAAGUUGUUAUAUGCAGUGGAAUCAGAAUCAGGAUUUGAACUUAGCUAACAUCUUACAAUCAGCUUUGUUGGUGAAGAUGACAUCUUACAAUCAGCGUAAUUAAUGUAGCUAACAUCAUACAUAAAGCGUUAUUGAUGUAGAUGACAUAGUACAUUCAGCAGUGUUGAUGUAGCUAGCAUCAUACAUUCAGCGUUGUUGAUGUAGAUGAUAUCAUACAUUCAGCGUUGUUGAUGUAGCUAGCAUCAUACAUUCAGCGUUGUUAAUGUAGAUGACAUCAUACAUUCAGCGUUGUUAAUGGAGCUAACAUCAUACAAUGAUGUAUCAUUCUGUGAAUUGUUCAUCAUCAUGAGACUUUUAUCCAGAAACAGUUUUAAAAACUUAUUUCAAAAAGCAUGAAUGAGAUAAUUCAAUAGUUUUGUAAAAUUCUGAUGUGAUAUAAUUUACUUGGUGGUAAUAAGUGCUGGAUACUAGGAAUUCCAACUUUGCAGGGUUUUGUUCCUAGAACUGCAUUGUACAUUUCACUGUAUAGUGAAAAGUUUAACUCUCCAUCAUAACCACUACAAAUUCUAUUAUUUUUUGGCAUGCCCGAAACAUAAAUGAAAAUAAAACAGAAAGAUGGUUUACACUUUAAAACAUAGUUAUUACACAUAAUUAUUUCUUAGGAUUCUCCUUCGGAUGAAAGCUUGAUUUAGUUAGAGUAGAUAAUGUGAAAUCCUUGUUAAGGUAGUCCUACAUAAUGGAGUGAGCGGAUCUCCUUCGGGUGAAACCUUGAUUUAGUUGAACUAUAACGAUCUUUUGUGUUGACCUCCAAUUGUAGUAUAAUAUGGAUUAUCAUUACAGGCGAGUUUAACCCAGUAUUUCUAUAGGGAACAAAGAUCAAUUGUCCAGCGUUAUAACCAAGUUAUUACCACUAAUGUCUAGAUAUUUUAUACUGGACACAAUACACCUGAACAUGUGGACAUACCUAAUAUUACAUGUAAUGGUUCUGAUCUUCAAAUAAUUGGUCAUCCUGGUCUCCCUCUUCAUAAAAGAGAAGCGAAUGUUUCUGUAUAGAUAGUAUUUCUCAUUCCUACCAUAACAUGCCAAAAUCUGAAGGUUUUACCUUUGACCUUAUUCAGCAGUAGGACAUCAAGCACAAAUGGUUUAAAGUCAUAAAGAACAUGUAACAUGUAACAACAUCUCCUUCACAGGUCAAAGUUACGUUCUACUUAUGAUAAUAGAUUUAACUCAACGAUCUUCACAAGACCUGUAAUAUCACUGCUAACCUAAUAUGGAGAUGAGACUUUAAAGCAACAUUAAAUCAUUGGUGUUUUUUUUUUGUUUUUUUUUUUCUUUCCUUUUUAAUAAUUGAUAUUUUUUAUUGAGAUUGCAUUAUAUUUUGAUUGUCAAAUACAUAUUUUAAGGCUAGCUGCUUGAAGGCAAGUGGCGAAAUCAGUUUCUUGUAGAAACAUUCUCUCCAAAUUUCCAGUUUCUUAUACAUUUGAAAACUUAAUUUUUCAUAGUACACGAUGUUUGUAUCUCUUUUGCCAUUAUAGAAUUUGUGAUAACAAUCAAAUGAUAUUUCCUCUGCAUAUACAUGAACAUGAUUUGAUCAAACAUACACCCAGUACGGUCAUGUUUUCACUAUAGAGGCAUUUGAUGUACAGUUUAAGAGAGGAAAUAUUGAUUCUUAUGUGUUGAAUAUAGUUAGAGAUGGUAUGUUAUGUUUCAACAAAAAUUGUUGUUGUUUUUAAAAUGUAAGUUAUGCCACAUGAUUAGAUGUUAUAUCUUAUACAGACAGUGGGUCUGGAAUAGAAUAUUGGCAUAAGGAUUUUUUUAUACACUGUUUGUCAAAAUUUCAAAUCCAAUUUAAAUUUUUGUUUAUGGAAAAUAAGCUGCAACAAGUUGCAUCAUAAAUUUUAGCAUGUGAUUGAUAAAGAUGGAAUAUAAAACAUAUUAAUUCCAUGCAUUAAAAAACAUCUUCAAAGAGUGAAAAAUAAAAUCAUUUAAUUAGAAAAUUUCAAUAAAAUAUUACAAAAGAAAACGAGUCAGAAGGAUAUGAACUUUUUUAGUCAUUGUUACUUUGCUUAAAUUAGCAGUUUAUAUUUGGCAUGAUAUACAUUUUAUAAAAAUUCCUGGUUGUGCACACUUUAUAACAACUAGGAGAGUUUUAUUUUGCAGUUUCUUAUUGUUUUACAAAACGUGUGAAGUUCCCAUUGAGCUGGUUUUUGAAAAUGGGAACAAAUAUUUUUUGUGAAAUUGGGAUGUAAGAUUCCAUUUACACUUAGUUCAUAAAAAAUGUCUGAGUAAUUUUAAUAAAAAACACAAGCUGAUUGAUCUACUUCAAUAAUCUAAGAUUAUAUAUACACAAUUAGUAUUUUAUAGUGAAUUGUAACUCUUACACCAAGCAUAAAAUAAACAUUUACUAGUGUAUGUAGAGUUAAGAUUGUUAGCUGUAUUGAUUUUAUCGUCCUUCACAUAACCAGUAUGUGUUUAUAAUUAUCAACAAUUAUUCUUACAUUAAAUAUUAUCUAUAUUCUGCUACUGCAGGUAAGUAUAAUGUACAAGUUCCAAGUUGAAGUAUUGUUCAUUGAAUGCAUUUUAUGUCAUCUCAUUAUUAAUUUAUUUGUUUUGGAAAUAAAUUAUUUCUAGAAA